GGCGCCUCUUUCUGGUUUCAGGUUUCAGGUUAGGGCUUGGCAAAAUGGCUGUCGGUGAAGAGCGUGAGCUCUCUCCGACGGUGGCUGACAGACAUGUCACAGAGCCACAGGCCACAUCCCUGGGGGAUGCCCCAGAGGAAAUCGAGGAACAAUAGUCUCCUCGACUCAGUGAUAUUUUGUUUCCGAUUUGGUAUUGCCAGCCCAUCGGGUUUUGCCGGCUACUCAGUCCUGGUCUCAGUGUUGGACGUCCAUUGCCUGUCUUUAUUGUCUUGUCUUGUCUGUGUUGUGUGUCGUUGCUUUCACUGUUUGUGUAUCUUUCAUUAUGGGACAGAGCACUUCAAUGCCUCUGUCCCUGACCCUUGAUCACUGGACCAAAAUCUGCUUAAGGGCUCAGAAUCUUUCUUUUUCAGUAAAACGCCGGACCUGGCAGACUCUCUGUGCCUCAGAAUGGCCCACCUUUGGAGUCGGAUGGCCCCCAGAAGGAUCUUUCUACUCCCCACUAAUUCGAAAAGUCAGAGAUAUUGCCUUUCAGCCAGGGCCACAUAGCCAUCCGGAUCAACAUAAGCCGUAUAUCUUAACUUGGCAGGACCUCUGCGAAUCUCCUCCUCCAUGGGUGAAGCCUUUCCUUGUCCCUGCCCCCGCUCCUACUCCUUCCCCCAUGAUUCUAUCUCUCAAACCCUCUGCUCCUCCUCCUCCUUCACCCUCUGUUCUCCCUGAGUCUCAAGAUUUGACUCUACUGGAUUCUCCACCCCCUCCUAAUCCCCUGCCCUCGUCCCCCAACCCCCAACACCCUCUAAGUGAUUCCCCUGCUGCUGACUCAGCCUCUCCGCCAUUGGAGGAAGCAAAGCCAGCCCAGCGCCCUCCAGAUGACUCCCCCGCGGCACACACAGCCCCUCCUCCCCUGGAGGACGCUGGCCCAGCUAAAGGAACUCACCAGCGGCGAAUGAUUAAAAACCCUGAAGCCCCCGUGAUACUCCCCCUCCGUCCCUACAGGCCAAUGAUUGACGACAGCCAUGGGAGAGAAAUGCAAGCCUACCAGUAUUGGCCUUUCUCCUCUUCAGACCUAUAUAACUGGAAAAAUAACAAUCCCCCUUUUUCCGAGGACCCCACCUGGCUCACAGGUCUGGUUGAGUCAUUGAUGUUUUCACACCAGCCUACUUGGGAUGACUGCCAACAACUCCUAGGCACUCUCUUCAUGACAGAGGAACGAGAGAGAAUCCUCCUGGAAGCUAGAAAAAAUAUCCUCGGACCAGAUGGGCGACCGACACAACUUCCCAACAUAAUCGAAGCCGGCUUCCCCUUGAACAACCCAACUGGGACCCCAACACCUUUGAAGGGUUACCAUGCUUGUCCAGAGGCAAAGGAUCAUAUCAAGAGAUCAGACAAAAAAAAAAGAGUGAGAGCGAGAGCGAGAGCGAGAGAGAGAGAGAGAUAUCAGUUUUUCGGUGGACACAACAUCUUUAUUUUAUUUCUAUGUGGUGCUGAGGAUCGAACCCAGCGCACCACGCAUGCCAGAACUUUGUACUCUUGACCAAUCACUUAGGAUAUAAGACGGUGACAAUGAACUAGAUGUAAUGUCCCACCCGUCAAAAGGCAAUUAUUUCUCCAGCUGAUAUUUUUUUAAGUUACUGAAGAAGCACUUUCCAUCUUCAAAAAACAAAGACAAGGAGAAAAACAAUGGUAAAAAAUAAAGGAAAAGAAAACACAAAAUAGUUCUAGAAGUUUUAACUCACUAAGUACCUUAAUUAAAUUAUGCACUAUGACAUUCAAAGUUUAUAACAUAAUUCAAAAUUUAUAACAUAAGAUCUUUAGGUAAAUUAUAUUUAUAUAACCUAAUUUCCAAAAUAAAUAAUUCUUAAUGAGUAUUUAAAUUUGAGAGAAAAUGUGAAGGUUUUUAUUGUAGACCAUUUUUUAAAAAAUUAAAAUGUCUAGAGCAAUGCCAUUUCCACAAUAUAGCAUCCUAGCUGCUGAUGAAAAUCAUAGUAGUGGGCUGGGGUUGUGGCUCAGUGGUAAAGUGCUCACUUAGCAUAUUUGAGGUACUGGGUUCAAUCCUCGGCACCACAUAAAAACAAAGAUGUUGUGUAAAAAAACAAACAAACAAACAAAAAACGAUAGUAGUGCUAAUACCAAGGUCUGCCUUAAAUAAAUUUGUUCACAUAUAUUAAUUUAUUGUUUUUGGACAUUCUUUCUUUUAUUUUACUUAUUUCACUCCAUUCACUUCAUUCAAAUGCCUAUAUAUUUCUAAUAGCUCUCCAUCUGCUAAUUUCUCUUUAUUCAAAGUAAUAUUGUUUAUGAGCUCCUUAAGAUCCUUUGGAACAUACUGCCUAUAUGUUAUACUUGAUUUCCGUAAGGAAACAUUAGUUUUGAAAAAGUAAAAACUAUUUUUAAUGUUUAUAUUGUAUCCUACAAAGCAGAUCUCCACUGAAUAUUUUAGUGAAGUAUGCUACAGUCUACCAAUGUUCUUUGGUUCAGUAUAAAUGAUAUGGUAAAUUUGCAUUCAAAUUCAUGGAACUUUUCAAAUCUGUUUCCCAUUUAGCUGGCCAGCCAAAAACAAUAUUUUCAUUUGUAAACAGCUGUUUCAUAAUCAGCUCUUUUGUACUAUGUACAAUUCCAUAAAAUACAGAAAUUUUUAUUUAAAAUACAGGAAUUGCAUUAAUCCACUGCAAAUCAUUGAUUAGUUUUGUAUACUAUCACGUAGUUUAGCUUAUAAGGAAAGAUUUUAAGAAUAAUUUAAUCUUAUGUCCAAAUAUAACAUUACUUUAAACAUGAGGUCAUCUAAACAUCUGUCUCCAAUAUAUCACUGGGGAUUUAAAUCAAAAGUCUGCUAAACAUGUACAAUCAUUUGAAAAUAAAUAACAGGACAAAUUUUGUCUUGAUUAUGAUUAUCAUGCAUUUUAAAAGGAAACAUUUAUUUUAAUAAGAAAAGUCUGAACUAAUUUAAACUUUAUUGACAUUAAGUUAAAAUAGUUUUACAAAAGUAAAAGAUAUUUCAGUUAAAGAUACAUUUCAUUUAUUUGCUGCUUAACAACUCUUAUAUUUUAACUGACAUUAUAUCUUGAUUUUUACUCACACAAAUAAUAAUUUCUCCAUAUAUUUUCAAUUGUAAAAUAUUAAGAAAACAUAUCUCAAGACAAAAUUUUUUCACUCAGUAACUGUAAAACUAAUAUUUUUUUCUGAACUUUCCUUCUGUUAGGGCAACUACGAAUCCUCAAGAAAUACUAAUUGAUUCCUGAUUUAUCAUUUAAAAUGAAAAGAAUAUAGCUAAUUAUAAAAGACAGUCAAGGCACUAAAUUCACUCUAAGACUUCAAAAUCAGCAAAAAUAUAUGUAUUUUAAAGGGAAUUAAUUAACUCUACACUUCAUUGUAGAAUUUGUUUCUAGUAAGUAUGAGUAUUUAAAUUCAGCAAUAAGAUUACCUUAGAAACCACAUAAAUACUUGAGAUGAAUUAGCAUUAAAAGAAAGCCAAAAUGCUUAAUCUUUAAAUCCAUUUUUGCCAAAACUAAAAUUAACAUUAGCAGUUGAAAAGCUGGACAUAUCACUGAAUAAUAGAUUCUUAGAAAAACACCAUAGCACUCCCCCAUGGUGUAGAAAUCACAUCAAAAUCCAGCAGCAAGGGACAUUUGUAUCUAGGUUCAUCUUGCAUCUAACUGGCUGUCAUAGAAGUUGAUAUUUACAGCCUUCUGAACCCCCCUCAAUUAAUUUCUUCUUUCUGCUUGUAUCAUAAAAUUGCUAGCUUUGGCCAUGGCAAUUUCAAAUCAUUAUUCCACCUUGGUCCAUACAUGUAAUGAACUUUAAAAUGCUUUUUCAGCACUGUGUGUGGAACUUCUUAAAUGGAAGAACUGUGACUUACUUUGGAUGUCCAUCAACUGCAACUGCAUCUGACACAUAUUUGUGACUUGAAAAUGCUAGUAAGUUCAGGAAUGAGUUAAUGAAAAGACUAAAACCCAAGAAUUUUUCACCCUGGUUCUGUUGAACUGCUUACUAGUAAGCUGCCUUAGUUUUUCCAUCUACAAAAGGAGGCUUAUUCUUAUCUGCACCCUCACUGAGAUACUGGGAGAACUGAAUGAUAGCAUAUAUACAAAAUUAAAUGUAAAACUUGCAGUGGUAAGCAAGUGUAAUGAUUACUAUGAUUAUCAACAGUAUAUCUAGUUCAAAAUUGUAUACCCAGAGAAGCAAAUACUGAAUGGUAGAUGAAGUUUUAAGUUUUGUUGUUGUUGUUAUUUGUUUUCUGGAUUUGUUGUUGUUUGUUUAAUGUUUUUCUGUGGACUGGGAAUGUAUCUCAAUUGGCAGAGCAUACACACACACACACACACACACACAAAGAGUUUUGUUUUGUUUUACAUAUAUAAACAUAUAAAGGACUGAGAAUAUACCUUAAUGAUAGUGUGCCUCUGGUUUCAAUCUCUAAUAUCACAAAAAAAAAAGAAAAAAAAGAAAUAAAAAAUUUAAAAAAUAUUCUUUUGGAGAAACUUUAAAUUGAAAUAACCUGCUUACCCAAAUAAUGUGAUGUUAAAAUAUAAAGGAAUUCUCUUUUGGACAGACAAUUAGAGCUGGGAAGCUGAGGACAUAGCUCAGUGAUAAAGCACUUGCCUAGCAUGUGCGAAGUCCUGAGUUCAAUUCCCAGUGCCACCUCCAGGGGGAAAAAAAGGUUGAACAUACAAUUAAAGAAUUAUGGGCUAAGAAAUCCCUUUAGAAAAAUAAAGUUUGGGCUAUUUUUAAAAAAACUUUGUAAGAUCUUAGGAACUUAAUAAUUAAUGUCCUCUGGAUUAUCAGGAAGGAAAUCUAGCUUUUUUUAAUCAGUAAAAUUGAGUUUAACCUGGAUUUUAGCCUUUUCAUUCCAAAAGGUUUAGUGCUGUAAAAGUUGGCUAACGAUCCUGAGUCAGCAAAAGGCAAUGUAAGAGUAUGUUUUCAUGUGCUGCCAGUAUUUUUUCUCAAAAUUUAAACAGAGAUAUGAUCUGAGAAACAUUUGAAUUUAUACUUGCGUUUUGGUAAAAUAGCACAGAAUUGCCUUGAUGCUUGCUUAACUCUAUUUUUCUCAAAAACUAAAAUAUAAAAAUAAUUUUGCUUUCACAUAGUUUCCAUUUGUGUAACUUUAUCUCAUAUGUUCAAAAUGUGGGUUCUCAUCUAUUCUAUAAUUUUCUACUUCUUUCCCAGUAGAUUUACUCUACUAUGAUACUGGUAUUAAGAUACCCCUUUUUUAAAAAAAAAUCACUUAAUUUCUUUUUUUCUGUUCUAUAUCUAUUCAAAAUAACCAAAACAAAAUGUGCAAGGAACUGUAUGUCACUUCUUAUAUUUUUCUAGAUUGUCCUCACUUUUUUGUCUUUCAAAAUAUUCAUGUGUAUUUUUUCUGAGCACUUUGAUAUGUUACACGUCUCAUCCUCAAGAACAGUAUUACCCAACCCUGACUGCCCAUUGGACUCAGUUGGAGCAAUUUAAAAAAUGCUGAAUUCUGGGUCCAACCCCCAGAGACUCUGGUUUAAUUGAUCUGGAGUUAGGCCUUGGCAUUAGGAUCUUUUAAAGUUACCCAAGUGAUUUUAAAAUGUAGUUCAGGCUGAAAACCACCAUUCUGGGAGCUCACAGUCUAGUCAGGGAGAUUAACAACAACAACAAACCACCAAUUUAUGGUGUGUUGCUUGUGCCAAACAGUGAGCUACUCACUUUAUGUGCAUUAUCUCAUUUAACUCACAACAACUUUAUGGGGAAUGAUUCUAUUACUACUCCUAUUUUAUGAAUAAGGACAUGAGGAUUAGAAAGAUAAGAAACGUGCCCCAAAUCUCACCAAGGUUAUUUGACUGAGACAGAACCCCAACAGCUCUGUCCAAUUUCAAUGGUAAUUCUACAUUACUGGCUCUCAUCAGGGUAGAAAAUAUGCCAGAAAACAGAAUUUUAAAGGGGCAAGUCAUGGUUCCGGUAGAUAGAAGUGACCAAAGAAUUACCUUCGGUUUAUAUAAAACCACAAAAACAAGCUAGAUACUGGAAAUGUCCAUUUUUCUCCUUAGCCUGAUUGUCAGAAUGAAUUGCGAGUUUUCUCAAAAUAGUAGUAUCUGAGGCAAAGAAUGCUCCCAAGCAGAGUCUGGGUCUAGCUGCAUACCUCCAAGUUGUCAUGGACACAGGAAGGAACAAUGAAGUCAUUAUUUGACUAUUAUUUUUUUAGUUGCUAGUCAGCAUAUUAUUGUAUCUGCAAACUGCAUCUCUGCAUUCCCUAUGGAUGGGGGGUGGGGUGCUGUCCCUCCUGGUAGUGACAGAAAAACCACAAACAAAACAGUGCAUCUCAGGGGAAAGCCAUCUUUAUCUGUCAGUAUAAGUCAGUUGAGAAACAGCUGCAGGCAGCUGAAAAAACAGUUUGACUGUUAUAAGUUUACAGGUGGCCUUAUAAUGGAAAGUUUUACACACUGAGAUUCCUUCACAAGUUAAAAAAAAGUUUGGACAAAAAGGGACAAAAGUUGGCAAAAAUUUUCAUGCAAAUGCUUCUAACCAACUUACAAAAGCACAACAUCAAAUUUUAGUGAAUCUGGGUGAAAUAAGCACCCUCCCUCUGCCAAACAGGCUCAGCCAACUGUUACCACCAUGGCUACACUGCACAUUCCAUAUGGUAAAAAUCAGAACAAUCACACUUACCUGUUAUCACACUCAAGAAAUGUUUUCUAAAUGAAUUCAUGGACAUUGGAGAGACCAAAUAUUAAAAAUACCUUGGAAAAUCAGAUUACAGACAGAGGAACAUAAUAAUGAUGUCUGCAUAUAAACAACAGGACAGCUGCAUAAAGCCCAGGUAGAAGAUUUUAAUGUGUCUUCCUGGUUGAGUGUGUGUGUGUGCACACACAUGAGCUAUUUCUUGUGAAGAACCAGGAAUGAAAGGGGGAGAAGGCAUUGAGUUAGUAAUUCCAUAAGCAUCAGCAGCAUGAAUCUAACACUUGGGAGUUCUAGGAAAGAUACCUGUUUUGUUUUCUCCAGCAUUCAAUAAAGUAGACAGGGACAGUUUAUUUUAUAGCUAGCUUAAAAGACUUUUUUCCUUAUUUUUCUACCAGAAUUGAAACUUUGAGGGAAGGGCAUGAUUUGGAGCUUAUCAAAAGGGAUUAAAUUGGUGAAAAUAUUUAAUACCUUAUGACCCCUGGACAAAGUACAAUUAACUUUAUUAAUUUAGUUACUAUUUUCCAAGAAUAAAAUCAGGGUUUUAAAAAGUCAGAUUAGGCAGCUAUUGAUGAGAGUCAAAAAAGCAGAAUAGCUUGGUGGGAAGCCUGGGUUAGGCCUUGACUGAGAGCACUGAACUUUGGGAUUGAAAGAUUGAAAAAAACAAAGACCCAGGAACUAAUGAGAAAAGGAGAGCCAGCUAAUUGCUAACUUGGGUAAUAAUGUUACCUUCAAAACCUGGGAAUAUAACUGACAGACCCUAGUUAAUCUAUAAAUCAGUAGCUGUCAGUCAAGUGGUCUCUUUAACUUGGUGGGGAGAUAAGAAAAUAAUUUAUAUUAAAGAAAAGGACUUCAGUAUUUAUCUUAAUAAAUAAUGAUCAAUAAAAUGUAAUCCAAAUUACACUAUGCAAUUUUGACACCUCAAAAGUUAUUAUGAAUGAUGAAUAUAAUAUCUAUAAACAUAUAAAUUCCACUUUUUGUUAAAAAGAGUCUUAAGGGAGGCAGUAACCCAAAUAUUUGAUAUGGUGACUACCAAAAUGUGUUAAGAACUACUUCUUACCAUAAAUAUAUACAACUAUGAUGUGUCAAUUAAAAAUAAACAUUUCUAAAAAGAACCAUUCUUAUAAAAUCACUAUGGGAUUUUGGAAAGGAAGUCUCCAGAAGCAACAAAAUAAAUACAUUUGAGAAAAAAAAAGACUACUUCAUCUGGUGAAAAAGAAGAUUGUAUUAAAAAUCUCAAAGUUUGAGAACAAAAUUCUAGAGUUCAGUGAAAUUAAAGAUAAAGUUCCUAGAAGGCAAACCAAAUAGUUCAUAUAUUAUAGAAUAGAAUUAUAGCAUACAUGCAUAUACUCAUAUAAUAUGUCCCUCAUCUGUGAAGAUAUUUCAAAAUGUUUGAAAGAUAUGUAAAUGCUUAUGUCUUUAUCCAUUAAUAACAACACAGAGUAUUCACCAAGUGCUAGGUGCAAUGCUAAGCACUUGGCACAGGUCAACUUGUUGGUACUUUCCAAUGACAGUAUGAAGUAAAUUGCAUUUUAUCUCAAUUUUAUGGGUAGAGCAUAGAGAUAUUGAGCUGCUUGCCCAAGGUAACACAGCUAGUACAAGGUUGGAAUCUGACACCAGGCAGAAAAGUAUCAGAAUCUCUACAGGAUACUACCUCCCUGUCUCACCUCUAUUCUCCUUGAAAGGUAAAGUUCAGUAUUACAUGGAUGCCUCUUGAUGGGGAACCUAUUUCUUUCUUUGUUUAAUGUCCAUGUGCUUACUUCCUUGCUUACUUCCCAUAGUGUACUCAGAAGUCUCAAAAGUUUGUCAACUAUAUACUUAUUUUUGGAAAACUAUGUAAUUUCAAAACAAAGAUCAGAGAAGACAGAUGAUGUAGAUCAGUUUUCAUACACACACGACACACAUAAAUAGGCUAAGUAACUCUUUGCAACACUAUGGUAAGAACUUAAUAGACCAGAAGAGAAAAUCAAGAUUAGGUGGCUAUGACCCCACUGAAUAAGUCUACUAUUAUGAGACUGCCACACAUGUGAGACUCAGGUUUCAGAGAAAAACGGUAGCAAAAUAGAAAGAUUAACUACAAUGACUAUAACUAGCAUUGUGGCCUUUGAGUUUGAGAAAAUAUCUCCAAACAGGACACCAGGAUAAGAUACUCCAUAUGUUUUAUAACUAUUCAUAGGGAGAAAGGUAGUUAGGAAGUAACAGGCCUACAUUCCAUGCAGGCAAAAUCCAGGAAGACAAACAUCCAGGUUUGAAGAAUCAAUGGGACUUAUAAAACCUAGAAUUAAAGGCCCUCCAGAUCAACACUUAGAGCAGAAAACCUAGCAUUCUUUUAGAUUUCCUGUUACUUCCUUUGCAGCUACUAGGAAGAAAAAUGGAAUAGACAUCUUGGAAGUGCAUAGUUCUAGGGGUAAUAUCUGAAUUUGGUGGCAGGUGAGCAGCAAUGAUUCUUCUCACCCCAAAUGACAAUGGGCACUGAGGAAAGCACACCAAAACCUUUAGACCAUUUAGAAAGCAAUAUUUUCUCUACGAUCUUGAUAAAAGAUUGAGAAAUUUUAAAUUAAAUUAAGAAGUAUUAACAAUUAUUAAUCAAGCAAUAAAAUCUAAAAUAAAUCAAAACUCAAAUAUAUUUGAUAUUUAUUCAUUCAUCCAUUCACUUGACAAAAAUUUACUGAGCACCUGUCCUGUGUCAGGUUGUUUUAGGCACCAAGGAUAGACCAGGAUACCAAAUAGAGCAAGAUUAUUACCUUCUGAGAGCUACAAACUACUUAACAAUAAGAUAAAAUAUCUUUUAUUAUUGACAUGUUUAUUUAAAUAUAAGAAUGCAUAACACUAAUUGUUAAAUAAAUGAUGUAAAAUAGUGAUUCUUUAUUAAAGAAUACCAACUAACAUGGUAUUAAAAUAUAGUUUAUUUUAAAUUUCUACAUUUCACAUAGUAAUGCUUUUAACACACACAAUUGCAAAGACAAAGGCAAUGAUUUUUAUAUCUAGCCAUAUUUGAGAGAAUUCUCAAAAGCUUAAAUUUAUGAAGCCCUCUGAAUGUGAAGCUCCAUGAUACAGCCCUGCUGGUCUUGCCUGGUAUCUUUUCCCUUCUUAGCUGUUGGCACCUUCAUAAUUCAACACCAAGAAGAAGUUAUUAGGCUAUUUCCACAUAUAAGCAAGUCUUUCCCAUUCCCCAUGCCAUACAGCUCUCAAACCUCUCAGGAAAGCUAGACUCAGAAGGGCAGAGGACCAUAGAUUUAGAAUUAGGAAUCCCUAACGUCCCAGGGCUAAGUGUUCCUUUUAGUGAUAUUUCACAUUUUUAAAAAAAAGAUGAAUUACAUAACAAUGUUCUAGGGAGAAAUACACUCUGAUUUCAAAAAAUUCACCUAAAAAAAUAUAGAUUUCUGGAACAUAACCUAGGCAUUUAGGUUGAAACUAUGUUUUCUCAUACAUAGGACUUCCUUCCUCUUAUAUGUUCUUACAUAUGAUAACUGUAAAUCUUUAUUAAAACACUCAACCUGCCCACAAAAGUGGUUUUAUAGAACUGGAUACAUACCUGAAGUUCCCGCUACUCAGGAGGCUAAAAGAAGAGGAUUACUUGAGCCCAGGAGUUCAAGGCCAACUUACUCAGCAUAGCAAGAUCUGACCUCAUUGUUUUAAAAAGUCAGGGGAGGAUUUACAAAACUGUGCAAUCCAUUUCUAACUUAUGUAAAUAAUAACAAGUAAAAUACUUCAUUUUUGAGGUUACAAUAUAAAACAUUUCUGUUCAUGUUGCAUAUAAGCAGCAACUGAGCAUCUUAUAAUGAUUAUAUGCCAAAUAUUCCAUUAUAGAGGGCAAAUCAUAUUGGUUAGGACAGACUUUUUUUUUUUUAGUACUGGAGAUUGAACCAAGGGGUGAUUUACUACUGAGAUGCAUCCCCUCUCUUUUUUAUUUUUUUAUUUUGAGACAGUGUCUCACUAGUUGGUUAGGGCCUCACUAAUUUGCUGAUGCUGGCCUUGAGCUUGUGAUUCUUCUACCUCAGCCUCCUAAGUUGCUGGUAACAUAGGCAUGUGCCACCACGCCCAACUCACUUUUAUUUAGAUAUACUUUAGGUCAAAAAACAAGUUUUAUUUUUAGUGCUGCUCUGAAAACACUAUCACUUCUGUUAGAAACAUUCCUCCACUGUCAGCAAAAUAAGAGACUAUGAAACAGUUCAAACUAGUUGGGUUCUAAAUCAGAAGGUGCGUUCUUUUCCUUUGCCACAUUUAUGUCCGGUUAGGCAGGGAUACAUAAGCAAAAGAGAUAUCAAUAGAAUUUUAUUGCUGUAUGGAAAAUGCUUUUCAAAUAAAAAUAUGUUGGAAUGGCUAUGUAUUUUAAACUCUGUGCUAGGCCUGGAGAUAAAUAAAACAUGAUUUCUAAUUAAAAGGGGCUCACUCUUCACAAGACUCUUCACAGUGCAAUAUUCUAAAUUAAACCACAGAAAAAUGAAAGGUUUGUGAAAAUCAUACUUUCAGAGUUGAAUGCUUUAACUAAAAUAUUAAAAAUACAAGUAUUAAAAAUAAUAUUGCAUAUGAUGUAAGCAUACCAAUUAAAACAUAAGUACAUACAAUGAUAGAUACUAGCUACUUAAAUAUCCACUAUGAAAUGGAUAGAUGAUCCAUUUCCUAAGAUAUAAAUCCAACAAGCAUCAUGUAGACAUUAUGUUCAUCACUGAUUUUCUUUUCUUAACUUAGAUGCCAGUACCUCUAUCUUUAUUUUUUUUUUAACUUUCCUUUUUCUAUGUUGACCUUGUAAUCUCCAGCAUAUCAUUUCUUGAUGCUUAUCAGGCAAACACAAUGAAACUACAUUGCUCUUUAAAAUAAAGUUGCUGACAUGCCUUAA